AUGUUGCGAAUGAAUGGCUUGCUUGCUAAAAAAAAAUGUGUGCAUGUUUUGUGUGUCUUCACAGAGUACGCGUGGGUAACGUUGGCAACCAACGAUUCUUACUCCCUUGGAGCCCUUGUUGUCGCUCAUUCGUUAAAGCGAGUACAUACCGUACAUCAGCUGGCCGUACUCAUUACUCCCGGCGUAUCGGAAGCAAUGAAAACAAAAUUGCGCGCCGUUUUCAAUGUAGUAGAAGAAGUCAAUCUACUCGACUCGAAGGAUGAAGCAAAUCUUGCACUUCUCAAACGACCAGAACUCGGUGUCACUUUCACCAAACUGCACUGUUGGCGCCUGACGCAGUUCGAAAAGUGUGUCUUCCUCGAUGCUGACACGCUUGUUUUGCGCAACUGUGAUGAGCUGUUUGAUCGGGAGGAACUCUCCGCCGCACCGGACAUUGGUUGGCCAGAUUGUUUCAAUUCGGGCGUGUAUGUGUACAAACCAAACGUGGAAACGUUCUCCAGCUUGCUACAGUACGCGGUCACUCAUGGCAGCUUUGAUGGAGGUGAUCAAGGUCUGCUGAACGCUUACUUCUCCGAUUGGGCCCAUAAGGACAUCCAGAAGCACUUGCCCUUCAUCUACAACACGUCGUCGGUGGCGACGUACUCUUACUUGCCUGCAUUUAAACAAUUCGGACAAAAUACCAAAAUUCUCCAUUUCAUCGGCGUUGUUAAGCCGUGGCUGCAGAAGUUUAACUCCGAAACACGAAAGGUGUACGUGCCGUCCGAGUACCAGCAUCUGGCCAACUUUCUACAGUACUGGUGGGACAUCUUUGCGGAAGAUGUGCACUCAAGGCUGAGUCCAGACAUGCUACAAGCUUUAAUUCACUGGAUACAACCUUUAGCGAAGGUUGGUGCUAAUGACUUCCGUUCGACAAACGUGGGUACGAUCUAUAUCCCCGACACUGCUAAUCAAACGCUAGGUUGGCAAUAUUAUCAAGACAAUGGCCAACAACAGGCAAGAGAAGAGUUUGUCCCUUCGUACGAACCAACGCAAGUUUAUGUUGAUCCCUGGGAGGAUUACCUGCAGAGACAGGAGCGUGAGAAAAUGAUGCGCAAACAUGAGGAGGAACGAUUGUACUUCCUUUAUUUGGAUGAGCUUCGCGCCCAAGAACAUAGAAGCCGGACACAGUAUGAAUCGCUGCAUGAACAACAACCACAACAAUCAUAUCAUGUUCCGCCCCAUCAUCCGGAUCCGCACCAUCAGGGUCAGGAUCAGGAUCAGCAUCAUGAUAAAAAUGCUUUUCAGCGUACAGAACAGUGGGUCGAUCGGAUGGUCCAACAGCAUCAAGAAAACGUGGGUCACUGGGAAACUCCAGGGCCAGGGGAUCAACGCCGAGAGGAAGUAAACAACAACAACUUCCACAGUGCUACUGUGGAUAGUAGUAGUGGUGGUUAUCAAAUGACCCACGGUUUAAACAUUAGCAUCACCCCCGGUGAUAGUAAUAGUUGUGCCAAUGUCAGCAAUCAUAAGCCCAACAUUGCAUUAGACCACCACAACGUGUCGUCGUCACCUUCUCCCUUGACUUCCUUCUCCCAACAAGCGGCAGAGCAACCGAAAGCAACCGAACCGAGUGCAGGAAAUUACGGCGCUGAUGGUUCUGGUGAUGGUGGUGGUGGUAAUAAUGGGGAAGCGAGUGGUCUUGCAGGCGCAUUGGCUCAGGUGCAUCUUGGCGAAGCGAAAUCACAAGAACAAGAAGCUUACGAAGAGCAUAUGCGACGCCAAUGUUGGGAAACGGGCAAUAUCGAUUACAUGGGCCGGGAUUCAUUCGACAACAUUUGGAAACGCAUCCAGCAAACGCUCAACGCUGGUACGGCCGGAUCGGCGGCACCGAAUACGGAGGAAAAAUUGGAAUCAUCUGUCGGUGCAGCUGCUGCUGCUCAGCAAAUGGCAGCGUCACAGCGCCCCGACCGUCGCCGACCGUCCCGAUCACGGUCGGGUACACCGAAACGGGAUCCGAAGGAUCGGUCGCCGACACCACAACCGGAAGAGAAGCUGUCUGUUGAUAAAAAGGAAGUGCACAUCCUUCCACCGCCGGUCAUUGCGGAGGAGGACGAUCUUGUCAUACUCCGCUUAUCCUCGAUCGACAGUAGUAGCAUAAGUAGUGGCGGUGUGAUGCGAACCCGCUCAAAGAUGCCACCACCAAUACAGUACGAUCCGACUACCAAUACGACAACAUUGACCAAGAAAGUCUUUGCAGGUUAUCAACAGUUUAUAACGACCAAGAAUCCAGAAGGUAAAACCCACACGCACAUGAAACUCGUGUACGAUCCGUCCGUCGAGGACGAUCUGACGCCGGUCGGAGAAGAAGCUGCUCAACCUCAAGCAGUUAAAGGGACCGAUCAACCUGACACGAUCGUACUGCCAGUUCACGACAGUGGCGCGAAGACGCUUGAGAAGGCAAGAGUGGUUGCAGAAGAACGUACCGCACUAGAAGUACGCACAGAAAUUCCUACGAGACCGGUGGAAAAACCGACGACACAAAGUUAUGUGUCGGAAUCCAGCAGCAGCAGCAGUGCUAGUGCUUAUCAGCCACCGAUUGCAAACACCGCUACUACUCAAACUACGAAGCCUGCAGUAGUGGUUCCAUCUGCUACUGCUACUGCUACUACUACUGCUAGUACAGUACAACAGCCUUCCCAGCAACAACAACAGCAGCAACAGUUGGCACCGGAAUCCCUUGCAGGUAAAACGAAUUCACUUUUGGAAUCAAAGCAACCGGUCAAAGCAUUGCGCAAAAAACGACACAUAUCGCCACAGUCUGCUCGACCACAGCCUACUACAAAUCAAGCAGCGUCGACGAACGAUCAAGCGCCGGGGAAAACGGUAUCAUCUCCAUCAUCAUCAUCACCCUUAACGACGCCGUCUAGCGGUGCGCGCCAUGACAACCAAAAUGCGUCUGCUAACCAAAACAAGACUUCCAAAGUAACAGCUAGUUCGGCAUCAGUUGUAGCAUUGCCAUCUCCGCCUACAGUAUCGUCCAACAAGACAGAGACGAGUCACAUCAAGAACAACAACACUGCAAAAACUACGCGCACUACUACUGCUUUGGAAGAGAAAAAAGCAGCACCUACCUUAACACAACAACAAUCACCAGAACAAAAACGUACACCUGUGAAACAAUCACCACAGCCCAACAACGCACAGAAACAGAAUGAACUAGAAGAUGAUGAGGGCGUUAAAGUUGCUUCUUCGCCUCCAGUGCCUCCACGUCGCAAGCGUGAAUCAAGAACAGCAAAAUUAGGGAAAACUAAAAAAUCGAAACUAGUACAAUUGUUGCUAUCUUGUAUUUCUUGCCCGAAGAAAAAACGAUGAUAGUUUGGCGAAACACACGCGCG